CCCUCCGGAGCCCCGCCAGCAUGGGACCCUGGCCCCGCUCGCUGCUGGCCGCCCUCCUCCUGCUCUUGUCCGGCGUUGGCACCGCGCACUGCGACACACCGGCCAACUGCACCUACCCUGAGCUGCUGGGCACAUGGGUCUUCCAGGUGGGCGCUGUGGGUUCCCAACGCAACGUCAACUGCUCGGUCAUGGGACCACCAGAAAAAAAAGUAGUGGUGCAUCUUGAGAAGUUGGACACAGCACGUGAUGAUCUUGGCAAUACCGGCCAUUUCACCAUCGUUUACAAUCAAGGCUUUGAGAUUGUGUUGAACGACUACAAGUGGUUUGCCUUUUUUAAGUAUAAAGAAGAGGGUCACACAGUAACCAGUUACUGCAACGAGACCCUGCCCGGAUGGGUGCAUGACGUGCUGGGCCGGAACUGGGCUUGUUUUACUGGAACCAGAAUGGGAGCCAUCCCUGAGAAAGUGAAGGUGAACACAGCACACUCUGAGAGGCUCCGGGAAAACUCUUCUAAUAAGCUCUACAAAUAUAACCACGAGUUUGUGAAAGCAAUCAAUACCAUUCAGAAGUCUUGGACUGCAACCAGAUACACGGAAUAUGAGACUCUCACCCUGAGAGACAUGAUGAGGAGAGGUGGUGGCCGGAGAAUCCCAAGGCCCAAACCCGCAGCCCUGACCACUGACUUACAGGAGAAGAUGUUACAUUUGCCAGCGUCGUGGGAUUGGAGAAACGUUCAUGGUACCAAUUUUGUUAGUCCUGUUCGAAACCAAGCAUCGUGUGGAAGCUGCUACUCGUUUGCUUCUAUGGGUAUGCUGGAAGCAAGACUCCGAAUACUAACCAACAACACGCACACCCCGAUCCUGAGUCCGCAGGAGGUGGUCUCUUGCAGCCAGUAUGCUCAAGGCUGUGAAGGUGGCUUCCCGUACCUCAUCGCAGGAAAAUAUGCCCAAGAUUUUGGGCUGGUGGAAGAGGCCUGCUUCCCCUACACGGGCACUGAUUCUCCAUGCAAACCGAAGAAGGACUGCCUCCGUUAUUACUCCUCCGAGUACCACUAUGUGGGAGGUUUCUAUGGCGGCUGCAACGAGGCCCUGAUGAAGCUCGAGCUGGUCCAUCACGGGCCCAUGGCUGUUGCUUUUCAAGUCUAUGAUGACUUCUUCCACUACCACACAGGGAUCUAUUACCACACGGGCCUGCGAGACCCUUUCAACCCCUUUGAGCUGACGAAUCAUGCCGUUUUGCUGGUGGGCUAUGGCACUGACACAGCCUCUGGGAUGGAUUACUGGAUUGUUAAAAACAGUUGGGGCGCCAGUUGGGGUGAGAAUGGUUACUUCCGGAUCCGCAGAGGAACUGAUGAGUGUGCCAUUGAGAGCAUAGCCAUGGCAGCCACACCAGUUCCUCAAUUGUAGGGAGCAGUUCCCAGCCUUUUAAAUUGUAAAAGUCACAAGACGAGGGCGCCUGGGUCAUUCAGUCGGUUGAGCGUCUGCCUUUGGCUCAGGUCAUGAUCUCCGGGUCUGGGGAUCGAGCCCCAGGUUGGGUCCCGCACUCAGCGGGGAGUCUGCUUCUCCC